AUGGGCGCUUGGCAGGCACGUAGAAAAACACUUACUUCGACAUGGGUGGGAGGAGCUUACAUCAACGGAACAGCGGAAGUGAUCAUGAGGUCAGGUCUUCUAUGGUGCCAGGCCCCAGUUGGAUAUGCCCUUAGUUUAGUGUUUGGUGGGCUUUUCUUCGCCAACAAAAUGCGGACGGAGGGUUACGUGACCAUGCUCGACCCUUUCCAGAACAAGUACGGCGAGAGAAUGGGAGGCUUGCUGUUCCUUCCUGCCUUACUGGGAGAAGUAUUUUGGACAGGCGCUGUUCUGGCUGCGCUAGGCUCCACAUUGUCCGUCAUCAUGGAGUUGGAACCGCGCCCUGCCAUCAUCGCCUCGGCAGCCGUUGCCUUGUUCUACACGCUCAUUGGCGGGCUCUACUCUGUUGCCUACACCGACAUAGUUCAGCUAUUCUGUAUCUUCUUUGGUUUGUGGAUCAGUGUCCCCUUCGCUAUGACUCACGAAGCUGUCCAUGACAUUUCCAUCAAUGCCACAGAAAAUUGGAUUCAUCCAAUAGCCGUUGCCGACCUGCCAGUUUACAUUGACAAUUUCUUACUGCUGACGUGUGGAGGAAUUCCAUGGCAGGUGUACUUUCAAAGAGUCCUAUCAUCCAAAUCAGCACUGAAAGCGCAAAUACUCUCCUACAUCGCUGCUAUAGGAUGUGUCGUCAUGGCAACACCUGCAGCACUACUAGGUGCAGUUGCUGCUUCCACAGACUGGAACCGUACUGCCUGGCCCGGCCCUGUCCCAAUACCAAGCGAGGAUCUGCCAAUGAUUCUGCCGAUGACCCUCCAGUACCUCUGUCCUCCGUACAUCACCUUCAUGGGACUUGGAGCUCUGUCAGCCGCUGUGAUGUCCUCGGCAGAUUCCUCCAUUUUGUCUGCUGCCUCCAUGUUUGCUCGGAACAUAUACAGAUCCCUCUUCAGACAUGCCGCAUCAGAAAGAGAAGUCAUCUGGGUAAUGCGUGCUGCCAUAUUUGGUGUCUCUGCCAUGGCACUAGCUAUGGCCCUGUGUGUGGAAUCCAUCUACGUGCUCUGGACCCUCUGUGCUGACCUGGUCUACGUUAUACUCUUCCCGCAGCUCAUUGCCGUCAUUUAUAUCAAGAAAUCCAACACAUACGGAUCUUUGGCCGGCUACGUGUUCGGCCUCUUCUUUCGCAUCAGCGGAGGGGAACCCGCGCUCAAUAUUCCAGCAGUGCUUAAGUACCCGGGGUACGAGGAAGCCACUGGUGUACAGGUGUUCCCAUACAAAACCUUAUCAAUGAUGGUGACCUUGUUCUCCCUUGUCUCCGUGUCAUACCUGACGCACCACUUGUUCAUGACCGGAAAGCUUCCUCGCCGUUUUGAUGUCUUCAUGUGCAUUGUAAACAUUCCAGACGAACAGAUGAUCUUGGCUUCCAGAGAGAGUUUAGACGAAAAAACAAAAUUCGGUCUUUAUGGAAAAGAAAACGGAGGCAAAGUCAACCCAGCUCUGAAGUUUUCCAGUGAAGAUUUGAUAACGACUGGGGAUGGGGAUUCUGACAGUGACUCUAAACCUGGAUUAAUUCAGUAG